AUGAGACGACCAGAAGUGGUUUUGUUUGUGAGUGUGAUCUUCGAGCUUGGGUGAGUGUCAAUACAAAUGAUGUGAUUUAAAAUGGAAAACAUUCCAUCGCGCGUGCAAAAUGCCUAUUGUUCUCGAGACAUUUACUUGCAGUAGCGAAAAAAUUCUAGAUCCGUAAUAGAAGCGGCGAAGCGUACACGAGAUGGUUUUAAUUGGUCGUGAUUUUGUGCCCCUUCCCUCGGGGAAUAAUGGCAUAGCUCAUUAACUUAUCAGGGCUGGGUUAAGAGACAAAGGAAUAAAGAGGGUAAGUUUCUAAAGAAAAUGUGUGCUACGUCGGUGGGAGAGUGUAACAGGGUAAUUAAGUAUUAUCAAUUGACUUGAUAACGAAACUGGCCACCGUAAAGAGUUUAAAAGCUGACAUUUCGAGCGUUAGCCCUUCGUCAAAUUUAUCUUUCAAAUCGGCACUCUUAAUCCCCACGGUAUCAACGAGCGAUUUUCAUUCAACUAAUUUUUUUUUUGUAAAGUUGUUUUCCCGUCACCACAUUCCCACUAAUGUAGCGUAGCUCCAUUUUCUGCACAAACAUUUUUAAACCCAUACACAAUCCACAGUUCCUCCAAUCCCUCCAACGAAGGGCUAACGCUCGAAACGUCAGCUUUUAAACUCUUUAUGGUGGCCAAUUUACGUUAUGAACUCAGUUGAUAAUGCUCAAUUACCCUGCAUAGAGACAAAGGCCGCGCAAAAGUUAUUCUUUGUGCUAUUGUUUCGUCUUAUCACACAUCUACCCGAUGAUUUUUAAAGCUGGCUAUUCAAUGUACUUAAGCUUUCCAAAGGCGGUUCGCGCAUGAAUUUCUGCCAAAGGCAAUUGCAUGCCAAAAAAAUCUUGUUGAAAAUUGUGAAAUCAACAAAUAUAUCACGUCAUUACAAUUUUUGCAAACAAUUUUUCCCAGCUCCGAAUCUGAUCAUCCGAAGAGUUUAGUCGCUCAAUUUCUUAGAAAACGCUUCAGGCGUGUAACUUAAGGUUUCUCCAAAUCAUUUUCCGUUUAUGGAACCUGGAACAUGCAAGUGAAAGCUUGAUCCAAAGUUUUGUUGUUUUUGCCAGCAACUUCCACGCAACUAUUAAACUCACCUGUACUCUUUUUGUUAUCAGAGUUGUUUUCCUUUUCAUUAAAUUCUGGUCGAAUGAAACAUCGGCAAAGUAUUUGUACGCCCGUUGGUUCUCGUGCGAAUCUUGUUUUCGUGAAAAAUCCUUGGGUUUACCGAGUUCGGUUGAUGCGUAAGAUAUGGUAAUUCCUUUGUUUGGCCAAACGGCGAAUCCUAAUGCAAUGUUGAUUUAAUUUUGUUUAAGGAUGGGGAUAAGUUCUACCCGAAAGGUAUUUGGUAGAGAAAGCACGGCACAGAACACAUUUUUGCAACGCGAGGGAGAGCGGCAAUACGUUAUCAAAGAGAAAUCGAGUGGAGUCGAUGAUGGAGAGUUUUUGCUACUACGUCCAAACUAUUUAGCGUCGGAACCAGAGGACAUACCCGCUGGAAUGACAAACGUGAAGCGUCCUGGUAGAUUCUUAACUGCUGCCGUUGGGGAUGGAAUCUCGGACGACACGUCUUCCAUUCAGGCCAUCGUUAAUCACGCUGCAAGUUCCAAAAAUAAUAAGGUAUUCUUCCCUCGAGGUGAAUACCUAGUAAGCAGUAAUAUGGCCAUCCCUGGCCCGGUGGAACUUCACGGAACACAGAGCGGUAUCGCAGUUAUCAAGUCCUCAACUCCUUAUGUUUUUCAAGUUUACAAUGCUUCACCAGUGAAAUCGGUUUCAUUGAAUAAUGUGUACUUCGACGGAAUUCGUGUGAAUUUUGACGGUGGAGUCAAUCGAGAGGUCCCAGGACCAACAGCUAUGAGUAACGUUACCAUAAACAGCUGUGUAUUCUUUUCAUCCGGAAGGCCAACUCCGAGAAACGCUGAGAGGGAGCAGUUGGAAAUGAUGGACCUUAGAAACAGUAAUGUGUACAGAAACAUCUUUUUGCGCGAUUCUAAUGCGUAUGGAGUUGCUUCAAAAUUUACCUUCACUGUGGGUGUAGAGGUGAGAGAAAACAUAUGUGGGCUGGAUUUAGGCAAGAUAGGUUGGUUAGCCACCAAAGUUGAGCCAGCAUGGUACUGGCGAGAUCAAAAACAAAAAUUAGAAUUCCUUAUGACUCAUUACAAUCUGGAAUCUGAUCAAGGCUUCUUUCAAAGUUGUUGUUAUGAAGAGUGCGACGAAAGGAUGAGAAUCGUGAAAAAUAUCUUCAACGGAAGCCCAAACACAGGUCGUUUCCGAGACCACGUGAUGUACCUCAAAGGCUUCAAUAUGAUGGAAGUUGUAAGUAAUUACGUCAGAGGCUGGCCAGCGGGUUAUUCAGGCGGCAUUAAAGCUCGAAAUGGAAAAAAUCUAUUGGUUGCCCGUAAUUACCUCGACGACACAGGUAUUUUUUUGUAUACUCACAGAACAAUCAAUCCAUGUCUCUUUAAUGGUUUGAAGAACGUUUUCAUCUACAGAAAUCACAUCGUGCAACGAACCAAUCCUGGUCAUCUCACAAGUGGUAUCUAUUAUUACGAGCCCCAUGAUAUUGGGAUAGAUUGGAACAUCACUUACUCCGCUAAUGUAUUUGAGAUCGUUGGAGUAAGCGACCCCACUAAUUACAUAUGUAUCUGGCUGACCAAUGGCGAUCUUUCUCAACAUCACGUGCUCCAAGACAACUUCUAUUAUGGUACCAAAAUGCCUGUGAAGCUGUAUGCUGACGACAGUACUCCAUUACAUGAAACAGAGAAAAACAACGAUAGUAUUACAAAUUGGUACAACUAUCCACUGUACAAGCUACACAUUCCCCCUUAUUAG